AUGGAGAGGAAUGCAUCUGCAUUGUUUGUGAUAAUGAUAUUUACUCUUUCAACUACUCUAUUUUUCUGUCUAUCUGAAGGGCUCAAUGCAGAGGGUAAAUACCUUCUGGACAUAAAAGGGAGAUUGUUUAACAAAUACAACCAUCUAGAUAACUGGAAUUCAAGUGAUUCCACACCUUGUGGUUGGAAGGGGGUCAACUGCAGCACUGGUGGCAAUCCUGUGGUGGAGUCUCUAGAUUUGCAUUCAAUGAACCUAUCCGGGUCUUUGGCUCCCAGCAUUGGUGGUUUGGUUCACUUGCAUCACCUUAAUCUGUCUCAAAACUUUUUGUCUGGUGUUAUUCCCAAGGAAAUUGGAAACUGUUCAAGUUUGCAGGUUCUUGGUCUCAACAAUAAUCUGUUUGAAGGCAGAAUUCCUGUUGAAAUAGGUAGGCUUUCAGAUUUAACAGAAUUGUAUCUUUACAACAACAGACUUUCUGGGCCUUUUCCAGUGGAAAUUGGUAACCUUUCUUCACUCUCAAUAUUUGUUGCAUUCACCAACAAUCUCAGUGGAUCUUUGCCACCUUCUUUUGGGAAACUUAAAAGAUUGAGAAGAUUCCGAGCUGGGCAGAAUUUGAUAUCAGGAAGUCUACCCCAAGAGAUAGGUGGAUGUGAGAGCUUGCAAUAUCUUGGCUUAACUCAAAAUCAGAUAACUGGUGAAAUUCCAAAAGCACUUGGACUGCUCAAGAACAUACAAUAUUUGGUCAUUCGGGAAAAUAACCUUUAUGGGGCCAUACCUAAAGAGCUUGGAAACUGUACUAGUCUGGAGGUUCUUGCUUUGUAUCAGAAUAAUCUUGUGGAAGCAAUUCCUAAGGAGCUGGGAAACCUUGUGCUCCUAAAGAGGUUAUACCUUUACCGGAAUAAGUUGACAGGAAAAAUUCCAAAGGAGAUUGGGAACCUUUCUCUUGCAACAGAGAUUGAUUUUUCAGAAAACUUCCUGGCAGGAGAGAUACCGGUUGAGUUUGUCAAAAUAAGAGGGCUACAAUUGCUUCAUCUUUUCCAGAACAAGCUAACUGGUGUCAUCCCACAUGAGCUUACCAGCUUGAAAAACCUGAUUAAGCUAGAUCUCUCUAUUAAUUAUCUCAAAGGUGCUAUUCCUGUUGGGUUUCAAGACUUGACCAACUUGACCUCCCUGCAACUCUUCAACAACUCACUAAGUGGUACCAUUCCUCAAUCACUGGGAGCAAAUAGUCCACUUUGGGUGCUUGAUUUAUCAUACAACUACUUGGUGGGAAGACUGCCAGUCCAUCUUUGCCAACAUUCUGACUUGAUGCUGUUGAACUUAGGAUCAAACAAGCUCACUGGAAAUAUUCCUUAUGGAAUUACAAGCUGCAAGUCCUUGGUGCAACUUCGUCUCUUUGGUAACAACCUCAGAGGCAGGUUUCCUUCUAAUUUGUGCAACCUCGUUAAUCUUUCUGCAGUGGAGUUGGAUCAGAAUAACUUCACUGGGCCUAUUCCUCCACAAAUUGGUAACUGCAAGAAUUUGCAAAGACUUCAUCUUUCAAAAAAUCACUUCUUGUCUGAAUUACCAAGAGAAAUAGGUAACCUCUCAAAGUUAGUCACCUUCAAUGUCUCGUCAAAUUAUCUUUUAGGUAGAGUGCCAUUGGAACUGUUCAAUUGCAGGAAUCUCCAAAGACUUGAUCUCAGCCACAACAACUUCAUAGGUUCUUUUCCAGAUGAGAUAGGAACUCUUUCACAAUUGGAGCUUCUAAGGCUCUCAGAAAAUAAUUUUUCUGGUAAUAUUCCUGUGGCAGUGGGAAAACUCUUUAGAUUGACUGAGCUGCAAAUGAGUGGCAACUCAUUUUGUGGUUGCAUUCCACCUGAGUUGGGUGCUCUCUCAUCUUUACAGAUUGCAUUGAAUCUCAGUUAUAAUAAACUCUCAUGCCAGAUCCCCUCUGAGCUUGGGAACCUUAUUAUGCUAGAAUCACUCCAACUCAACAAUAACCAUUUGAGUGGUACAAUCCCGUUCUCCUUUGACAAACUGUCAAGUUUACUGGCCUUCAACUUCUCAAACAAUGAUCUUACUGGCCGUUUGCCUUCAUUACCUCUCUUUCAAAUCUCAACAUUCAGCUGCUUUGCUGGAAACAAAGGACUUUGUGGAGGAAAGCUUGGCAUUUGCCCAAAUUCAGCUUCACCCUCCCCUCCAAAUAAACUAGGGAAAGUUUUGGCUAUAGCUGCAGCUGUUGUUAGCGGGAUUUCUUUGGUUUUAAUAGUAGUCAUUUUAUAUCUCAUGAGAAGUCCAUUGGACCCUAUUGUGGGGCAGCAAGAUAUUAAUACACCAUACUCUCAUCCUGUUUCAGACUUGUACUUCUUCCAAAAGGAGGAGCUAACUUUCCAAGAUGUGGUUGAAGCUACUGAAAAUUUUCAUUCCAAAUAUGUAAUUGGAAAAGGAGGUGUUGGAACUGUGUAUAGAGCAGAUAUAUCAGUUGGUCAUACAAUUGCUGUUAAGAAGCUGACAUCAAGCAGUGACAGCAGCAUCAACGUAAAUGCCAGCUUCCGCGCUGAAAUCUUAACUUUAGGAAAAAUAAGGCAUCGGAAUAUAGUGAAAUUAUAUGGUUUCUGCAAUUACCAUGGCUCCAAUAUACUUCUUUACGAGCACAUGGCAAGGGGCAGUUUAGGGGAGUUAAUUCAUGAACCAUCAUCCUCUAGUCUUGAUUGGCAUGCUCGGUUUAGGAUUGCCCUUGGAACUGCACAAGGGCUCUCUUAUUUGCACCAUGAUUGCAAGCCUAGGAUUAUCCACCGUGACAUAAAGCCCAAUAACAUACUCAUUGAUCAUGAAUUUGAAGCUCAUGUUGGGGAUUUUGGCUUGGCAAAGCUGAUCGAUAUGUCAUGCUCUAAAUCAGUGUCAGCAGUUGUAGGUUCUUACGGCUACAUUGCCCCUGAGUAUGCAUACACAAUAAAAGUCACAGAAAAAUGCGAUGUGUAUAGCUAUGGAGUUGUCCUUCUGGAGUUACUGACUGGCAAGAAGGCAGUUCAACCGUUGGAUCAAUGUGGUGAUCUUGUGACAUGGGUGAGAAAUCAUAUCCACAAACAUUCCUUGUCACUAGACAUCUUUGACACUCGUUUGGAUCUACAAGAUGAAAUAGAUGUGGCUCAAACUUCUGAUGUCUUAAAAAUUGCUGUGCUCUGCACUGACACGUGUCCUUCUAGACGCCCAACUAUGCGUAAAGUCGUGUCGAUGCUCACAAGUUCUAGCAAACGGACUCAGCAAUCUUCCUUCUCUCCAUCUCAAGAAUCAAGAUGCUAACAGAAAAUUAUAACUCUUCGUUUUACACCUAUGAUGAGCUUGGUUAACUAGGUUUAGCUUUUAGCGCCUGAAAUAACCUUUAUAACUUUUAUAUUAGUUGUUGAAUUUUUUUUUUUUCCUGUUUUAAUCUUUCUUUGUAUCU